GACAUUGACAUUGACAAUCGAACAUAUCACAGUAUGACAGGUUCCUAUGAAUAUUUUUAAAAAUAUUUUGAAUUUUUCACUAAAGUAAAGUUUAAAUUUGAAGUAUAGAACAUGGAUAUUUUUCGGAGAAUAUUUGGGCUACAUCAUAAUGAAGAUCAGUCCAAUAGAUCUUGGGGAGUUCCUACAGUAAAUGAUAGAACAGAUGGACCUGAUAAUGUUGUUCCUGAAGACCCAUUUAAUAGAAGAAGUUUUGACGUUUUUUCGGAUCCCAUCCAAAUGCAUCAAUAUUUUGAAAGUCAGUUGAAUGAAAUGCUUAAAAUGUUUGGGUUUCAUGGAAAUGGAGAAUUUUCUAUUGGAUUUCCUGAUGUACACGACAGUUGGUCACAGACACCACAACAACACAAAAAUGAGAAUACUCAAAAUGUACGUGAUCAGUUUUUGAAACCAGGUUAUGAAAAGCCUAAAACACAAUAUUCGGAAAUGGUAGAUAAAGAUCUAGAUGAUAGAAUUAAAUCUGGCGAUAUAGCUUCUGUGUUAGGUGAAAAAUUCAAUCACCAAAUUACUCCACAUGAACCACAGAUUUCUAAGAAGAACUUUUUUUAUGGAACGAGUCAAAGUAUGAGAACAAUUGUAAAUCCAGAUGGGUCAAUUGAAACCCAUCGCACGAUGAGGGACAACGAUGGUAAUGAAGAAAGCACUGUUUGUCAUAAAAUCGGGGAUAAGGAAUAUUGUGUCAUCAAAAAGAAGAAUAAACACGGUCAAGAAGAAGUAACUGAAAAUUACACAAAUAUGACAGAACAGGAGAAAGAUAUAUUUACAAAACCUAGACAUUCUCCGCAAAUUCAAGAUAGGACCGGCCCUUCUGAUUUUCCUUGGAGUAAAUUUUUCUAAUUUGAUGUUACAUUGGAACCUUAUUUAUUAAAAAGUACAAACCUAAAGGUAGAAUCUAUAGUCACACGAUGUUAUAGAUCAUCAAAAAUACAUGAAAGUUAACAGUUACCAUUCUAAUGCAAAAGAUUGGCAUACAAUACUGCCAAGAAUGUCAUUUAUGCACUAAUUGAAUGAUUUUAUUUUUAGGUUUGUGCUUUAGCCAAAAAAUAGUUUGAAUUAAAUAAAUAUGUUUAUAUAUUAGAUUUGUUGCUUAGUUUGAGUGAUACUAUGUAAUAUUAAAAAGUUAUUUAUUAUAUUAAAUAUGUAUUUUAUCUAUACACAUUUAAUGAAUUUAACAAUCUUAACUUAAA